CCACCACACUCCUCCUCCGCUCAGCCAGUUCAUCCAGCAGCAGCAGCACCAGCGGAACACCCACAACAACAACAACAACAACAACAACAUAAUAAACAACAACAGCAACAACAUCCAGCAGGAGAGGAAGAGAGAGAAACAUCAUGGAGGGAAAGAAAACAUCCUCCUGGUGGGGAACAGCCAUCAGCAACACCGGCUGAAUACCAGCGGAGGAAGAGGAGGAGGAGGAGGAGGAGGAGGAGGAGGAGGAGCGGAUGGAUGCCAGUCUGGGAUCAGCCACCACCACCAACAACAACCCUCCUCCGACUGGGACCAGCUCCGAGUUUAAUCAUUAUUAUGGGAAUGGAAGAGGAGGGCCCAGCUUUGAUCAUCAACAUGGCGGACAACAAAGCGCAGGGACUGGGGUAACGGCGGCGGUCCUCUCGGUACUCGACACUAUGGAUCAGGUUCAGAACUCCCACGAAGGGUACAGCAACAACAACAGCCCGUACAACCACUACCCGAACUACCGACCCGGGUAUGGGAACAGUGCGUACGGGGGUAUGAUGAGUCCCUCCCGCCAGGGGACCAACAUCCUGCUGGGCCCCGGCCCCGGCCCCGGCCCCGGCCCCGGCCCCGGCCCCGGCCCCGGCGGCUCGGCCGCUGCUAACCACAGUAAAGCGGCUAUGGUCGCCAGCAGCUCCCCGGCUGGAGGCGGAGGAGGCGGGGGAGGGUUUCAGCGGUUCCCCGGUCAGCAGCAGCUGCACCCGUCCGGAGCUACACCCACUUUAAACCAGCUCCUCACGGCUCCGAGCACCGUGAUGCGGGGCUACGGGUACCCGGAGUACAGUGCUGCCCAGCAGCAGCAGCCCAGCGUCGGGCUGGCGAAAGACUCCCAGUACGCUCCUCACGGAUGGGGAGGACAACAAAGGAACCACCCGGCCAUGAGCCCCGGGAACAACGGGCAGGGCGGCGGGAGAUCGCAGGUGCCUCCCAUGGACCCGAUGGCGAUGAAGCGCUCUCAGCUCUACGGGAUGAGCAACAAUCCGUACUCCCAGCAGCAGGCGGCGCCGUACUCCGGCCAGCCCUACGGUUCGCCCUCCCCCCACAGAUACCCGAUGGCGAUGCCCAGCAGAGGGCAGAUGGGGAUGGGAGGGAUGCAGUACCCUCAGCAACAGAUGGGUUCUCAGUACAGUCAGCAGCAGCAGCAGCAGCAGCAGCAGCAGCAGCAGAACGUGGGCGGUUACUGUCAGCCGGGUCAGCCGCCGUACUUCAGCCCCCCGCAGCAGCAGCCCGCCGCCCCGAGCCAGCCGCCGUACAUGCAGCCCCGCCCACUGCCACAACAGGAGGUGCCGCAGGAGGCGUACGGGGGGCGGGGCCAGUCUGCUGCUAUGACUCCUGGGAAACCAAACCACGAGGAGAUGAGUCUGAGCCAACAGGAGAGACCAUCCAGCCUCCCGGAUUUGUCCGGCUCCAUCGACGACUUGCCCACCGGCACGGAGGCGGCGGUGAGUUCAGGGGCGUCGGGCUCCGGCAGCGCUCAGGGCGACCAGGGGACCCCGGCCCGCUCUCCUUUCUCCCCCCACGUCUCUCCUCGACUCCCCCCGCCAGCUCGCACCGGGCCCUCGCCCUCCCCCUCACCGUCCCCCGCUGGCUCCAGCCGUUCCGGACCGAUGUCUCCCGCCACCAGCGGACCAGGCUCUCAGCUGACCCCGCAGGUCUCUGGUCCUGGAUCAGAUCCUGUUCCUCAUCCCUCCCAGUCCGCCAUGACUCAGGACAGAGGUUUCCCUCCCUCCAUGCAGCGUAGCACCCAGGGGCCUCAGUUUGGCCCCCAGCAGUCAGCACCACCCAUGUCCCCUCACUCAGCGUCGGGGGGGCCCAUGCACCACGGCUCCUAUCAGCAGGGCGGCUCAUACGGCCAGUACGGACCCCCAGGUAACUACCCUCGCCCCCCCCACUAUGGCGGAGCCCCCAGUGCCAACUACAGCAGCCCCGGCCCGGGCCCCGGCUUGGCCAACAGCCUGGGGUUGAACGCCAGCAGUCCCAUGCACGGUCAGGGCCCCUCCACCCCGGCAGGUCGCGGCCCUGGGCCUGGCCCCGGUGGCCGGCCUUAUCCCGCCGGAGGGAGCGUCAUGGCCCCCACCUCCCCCGGUAUGCCACAGCCCGCCGGGCAGGGCAUGGGUCCUCCGGGGCCCAACGCCAGCCGCAAACCUCCCGAGGUCGGCCCCAACGCCGGGCCGAGUGCCAACUCCUUGUCCUCCUCGGUCUCCGCCACAGCCGCCCAGGGCAGGCCUCCCUUCGCUCGUUCCCCAGCCUACCACAACCAGUCCUGGCCCGGGGCUCGACCUGCCCUCUCUCCUACCCUUCACCCCUCUCAUCCCCCUCCUCACCCCCACCACCAUCACCACCACCACCACCACCACCAUCCUCCUCCUCACCCUCCUCACCACUCCCAGCAGGGAACCUAUGCUCAGCCGCAACCCACCCUGCAGACCCCCUCUGAGCAUUAUGGGCAGGGCAGCUACCUGGGCAUGACACCAAUGGGAGGAAUGGGCCCUGGAGGUCCUGGAGGUCCCUACAACCAGCAACCAGGCAGCAACUCUGGAAGGAUGACACCGCAGGGACCCCCCUACAACGCCCCACCCUCAGGCCCCAUGAUGAUGCCAGCAGAGGGGAUGGGUGCUCAUCCCGACGCCAAGCAGAGGGUUGAGCUCAGCAAAGAGGUGGUCUGCCCCGCCGCCACCAACCCACCCAAACCUAAGGACAGCUACAGCUCUCAGUGUGUGUCCAAGCCCCCCACCCCCUCCCCCAUGUCCCCCAGCUCAGCUAGUCUGUCCUCCUGUCACGGGGAGGACAGUGAUAGCAUUAGCAGCCCUGCCUGGCCCAAGACGUCCACCAGCCCUAAGCCCAGCGCAGCCACCAUGACAAACGAAAAGAUCACUCGGCUGUAUGAGAUGGGCUCGGAGCCGGAGAGGAGGAUGUGGGUGGACCGGUUCCUGUCCUUCAUGGAGGAGAGGGGGACGCCGGUCCCGAACCUGCCCGCCGUGGGAAAGAAACCUCUGGACCUCUGCAAACUGUACCUGGCCGUCCGAGAGAUCGGAGGCCUCGCCAUGGUGAAUAAGAAUAAGAAGUGGAAGGGGUUGUCGUCCCAGUUGAACGUGGGGACGUCCAGCAGCGCGGCCAGCUCUCUGAAGAAGCAGUACAUCCAGUACCUGUUUGCCUACGAGUGUAAGGUGGAGCGAGGGGAGGAGCCCCCGCCCGAGGUCCUCGGAGCCGCCGGAGACCCCAAGAAACCUCCGUCGCUCCAGGCCAGGAUCCAGCCUCCCUCCCCAGCCAACUCGGGCUCCCUGCAGGGCCCCAACACCCCUCAGUCCAGCAGCAGCUCCCUGACCGAGGCCCCUGGAGACCUGAAGCCCCCGACCCCGGCCUCCACCCCGCACAGUCAGAUGGGCCCCCAGCCUGGAAACAGGAACAUGGGAGGAGUGAGCGUCCAGGACCCGUUCUCUGAAGGCAGCGAUCCAGCCUUCCACAACAAGCGAGGCCCGGGACCCGGCGGCGCCCCCUACCAGCAGGGAGGAGGACCAGCAGACCCCUCAAUGAGGAUGCAGUACGACGCCAACAAAGACCCGUACGGAGGACCGAGGAAAGGUCCAGGACCCGGUGAGGCCUUUGGUCCCGGUCAGAUGCCCAGCGGUGCCAUGCAGGACAUGUACCCCCGCGGGCCGCCCUCUGGGCCCCUUACAGGGAUGGGCCCCAGACCCCAGUACCCCUACGGCCCCGGGUACGAGCGCAGGCCGGAGCAUGUGAUGGGGCCUGAAGGAGGCAUGGCGCCCCCUGGAGGUCAGAACAACAUGGGUCCAUCUGGAAACGAGGCCGGCAUUUACCCCAACAGAUACCCCCCCCAGAGACACGGACACGACGGUUACGGGCAGCAGUAUCCUCACAGCAUGGCCUACACUUCCCAUCAGCCCCUGUUUCCUCAGCAGCAGGGUUACAAGCGUCCGAUGGAGGCGCUCUAUCCUCCGGCGAAGCGUCACGAAGGCGAAGCGUUCGCCGUGCAGCAGUUCGGCUCCCAGCAGCCCGACAUGUUCGGCCCCUACGGCGGGGGGGGCGGAGGAGGCUACAUGGGCCCCGAGCGGCGGCCGGUCCAGAGCCAGUACCCGUAUCCGUACCCGCGGGACCGGCAGGGGCCUCCGCAGCACGCCAUGAUGGGCUCGGGACCGCCGGCGGUGAGCGGGGGACCCGGGGGACCCGGGGAGGGGCCGCAGGCCAACAUGUGGCACCCCAGGACUGACAUGGGCUACACAUACAGCCGGCAGGGCCAGGGGCCCCCCUACCCCGGCCUGGGGCGGGGUGACGACCAGGAGGGCAGGGCCCCCCAGGACAGCCAGUGGCCCCCCAGUCAUCCAGGCCAACGCCAGCCCCCAUACCCUCCUCCCUCCUCCUCCUCCUCUUCCUCCCCCCUCAAUCCCCCCCUUCCCUCCAGACAGCCCCCCUCCUCCUUCCAGGCCACGCCCACUGUCCCUAACCAUGUGACCCGCUCUCACAGCCCCUCCUCUUUCCCCCGGCCUCUGGGGGGGCUCUCUGUCCCCCAACAGCGCCCCCUAUCUGCCCUCCAUGAAGAAGCCCGCGCACCCCGGCGUCCCCCCGGCCCCCCGCCCGCUCAGAGCCUCCACCUCAUCCACAGAGAGGUCAGCUUCCCCCCCAGCUCUGUGGAGGCCACGCCCCCCAAACUGAAGCCCCGACGCAGGUUCACCGCCAAGGACACGGGAACCCCGGAAGCGUGGCGGGUGAUGAUGUCACUGAAGUCCGGCCUAUUAGCCGAGAGCACCUGGGCUCUGGACACCAUCAACAUCCUGCUGUAUGACGACAGCACGGUGGGCUCCUUCAGCCUCACACAGCUGCCGGGCUUCCUGGAGCUCAUCGUGGAGUUUUACCGCCGCUGCCUCAUCCAGAUCUUCGGGAUCCUGGAGGAGUACGAGGUUGGAGCCGAGGGCCAGAGGACGCUGUUGGGACCGCUGCUCGACCCCCCCGAGGAGGAGAAGGAGGCGUCGCCGGCCGCCGCCUCCGAACCCAACGACCAAUCAGUGGAGGAGCAGAGGAUACCGAGGAGCUCGGCGGAGGAGAUGGAGGCGGCGCCGUCGCUGCUCGUGGUCACACCCGCCGCCGACAACGCGAACGACGGCGAACCUGUCGUCAAAGAGGAGGCGGAGGUGAAGGAGGAGCGCCAGGAGCCGGCGGAGCCCCGCCCCCCGCAGGCCAGCAAGUACGACAGGCUGCCGAUCAAGGUGGAGGAGACGGGGGAGGAGUGGGAGGAGGUGGAGGAGCGCUGGGCCGAGCUCCGCCGACCCAACGGCUUCAUCAGCGGCCUCCUGCACUGGAAGGCCGGAGGAGGAGACUCCACCGCUCACAUCCAGACCGGAGACUCCACCCCCACCGACCCCCCAGGGGAGCGGGACGAAGGGGGGAGGCAGGAGAGAGGGGGAGGGAGGCAGGAGGAGGCGGAGGGAGGCAGCGAGAUGAACCUGCCAGCGGGUGAGGAGACGCCACCUGAAACAGAAGAAGGCUCGCUGUCGGAGGUCUGGGGUCAGAGGUCACCGGCUCAGAGUCCCAUCAGCCAGCUGGAUGACGAGCCUCGCUGCUGGGACGAGGCGCCGCUGUCCACCGCCGAGAGCUGGCAGGACUCUCUGGCCAAACGCUGCGUCUGCAUCUCCAACAUCGUGCGCGGUCUCUCCUUCGUCCCCGGCAACGACGCCGACAUGUCUCGGCACCCCGGCCUGGUUCUGAUCCUCGGCCGGCUGGUGCUGCUGCACCACCACCACCCGCGCAGGAAACGGACGCCGCCCAGCUACCAGCGGGAGGAGGAGCAGGGGCUGGCCUGCAGCCGGGACGAGUGGUGGUGGGACUGCCUGGCGGCGCUCAGGGAGAACACGCUGGUGACGCUCGCCAACAUGUCGGGCCAGUUGGACCUGUCGCUGUACCCGGAGAGCGUCUGCCUGCCCAUCCUGGACGGGCUGCUGCACUGGAUGGUGUGCCCGUCCGCCGAGGCCCAGGACCCGUUCUCCUCGGCGGGCGGCUUCUCCUCGCUCACGCCGCAGCGGCUGGUUCUGGAGUGUCUGUGCAAGCUGAGCAUCCAGGACUGCAACGUGGACCUGCUGCUCGCCACGCCGCCCUUCAGCCGCCAGCAGAAGCUGUACGCCACGCUGGUGCGCCUCAUCGGCGAGCGGAAGAGCCAGGUGUGUCGGGAGAUGGCGGUGGCCGUGCUGUCCAACCUGGCGCAGGGCGACCCGACGGCGGCGCGCGCCGUGACGCUGCAGAAGGGCAGCGUGGGAACUCUGAUUGGCUUCCUGGAGGACAGCGUGGCCAUGGCGCAGUACCAGCAGAGCUCGCACGGCAUGCUGCACGCCGCCGCGCCGCCGGAGCCGCCCAGCAUCAACAUGAUGUGCCGCGCCGCCAAAGCGCUGCUGGCCAUGGCGAGGGUGGAGGAGAACCGGGCGGAGUUCGUCCUGUACGAGAGCCGGCUGCUGGACAUCUCGCUGUCGGCCGCCCUCAACGCCUCGGUCGCCGCCAUCAUGUGUGAAGUACUGUUUAAAAUCGGCCGCUCGUGACACGAACACCGCCACGGAGCGCGCUCAGUGGAAGCGGCUCCGCCCAUGUGACGAACUGGCUCCGCCCAUGUGACGAACUGGCUCCUUAUUAUAUUUUUAUUUAAAGAACAGAAAUGUUUUUACAUACAAAUGAAUAUAUAUAGAAUCUAUUAAAGCUCCUCGGAUCCAUCAGAACUUUA